ACGUGUUUUCUGUUUUCAUAUGUUUUUGGAUAUUUUGGGUGUACUUUUCCCAUGCUUUUUGACUAAACUGAACGGGCGGUCAUCUGACCUUUGUAAUAGAUUAUGAAAUCAUCAUGAAGUCGAAGCCAACACGACAUAAAGAGCAAAAUACAUUCAAGUUUCUAACAUUUGCUGAGCGGCUUACAGGAAUCAACAUCGAUGUUGUUCGUCGAAUUGGAAAGCGUGCUGAAGUACCUGAGGAGUGUGGUACAUUCUUCACUGAAGGUCUACAGAAAUGGUCAGAACUCAACUGUACAGAGCAUUUCACCAACUUUAGCAAGGAGAUCACCAAUCAGGUUCAGAGUUUACCUCAGUUGAUUCAUCAUGAGGAACAGAUCAUCACUGCCCUCCGCACACAUUUGCAGGUGCCACAGAGUAUGGCACUGCAACCUAUCCUGGACUUGGUUGUCCAACUGGCACGAGACCUUCAGGUUGACUUCUAUCCCCACUUCCCUGGGUUCUUCAGUAUCAUUGUUGGCCUACUUGGCUCAUACCACCAUGACGUUGAGUGCUUGGAGGCGAUAUUCACCUGCCUGUCGUAUCUUUUCAAAUUCCUGUGGCGUUACAUGAUAAAUGAUGUUGAAAAUGUCUAUACACAAUACGCUCCUCUGUUGCGAGCUGAAGUGAGAUGGUACAUCAGAAACUUUGCUGCAGAAAGUUUUGCUUUCUUGAUGAGAAAGACCAGAGACUGGGACGUGUUCUUCAAUUUCAUGUUGAAGCGUCUUGAGAGUGAUCCAGAGGAGGUACCUGGUGUUGGUCGCCUCUUCUUUGAGAUGAUGAAGGGUGUCAAGAAGCAGUUACACAGUUGUACAGAAGAAGUGCUAACUCUUCUGACGUCAAAACUCGGUGAGGAAACGGAGAGAGAAUCCCUCCCCUAUGAACACAUCUGUGAGGCGUUGAAAGUGACCAUAGAAUCUCUUGCUGAGCAUGCUGGUAAAGAACAUAUUGGGCUGGUGUGGAAGAUCUUAUUGAAAUGUCUUACUGAUGCCUUUGACAAGUUUGAUAAGGCUUCACGGAAAGAGUCCUCUGGGAUAGCAGACCAUGUUCACAAUAUCCUUGAAUUAGUUUUGGUGCUGGUCAAGUAUAAAGAUGGUGCUUUGAUAGUGGAUACUGACCAAAUGGCGAAGUGUCUGAUGGUGAUGUUGGAAGGGAAGCCAUUGCCAGAAGGUUAUGGAAGAACUCUCCUAGAAGUCAUCUCCUCUGUCCUCAUGUCGCCACACACACACCUGAAAUCAGAUGUCACUCCAAAGCUGAUUAAUUUGACUUUCAAGAGCAAGUAUUCCAGAAGUUUGACCAUGGAUUUCGCGCAGGGUUUAUUUUCAUUGAGUUCAUUUGAAAAGGAUGUUCUGCCUCUACUGUUGAAUUACUGCCAUUCCUGUAUGCUGCUGAGAGACAAAUCAGCCAAGGAUGAUGUUUUGUUCCUCAUCACUGAGUUAAUCUUAAAUAAGAGUCCCAUACAGAGGGAUGCUGCACAGCUGAAUGAGUACAGCACGUAUCUCUUGGAUUUCUCUAUGGCAAUGAAAGGCAAAAAUGAGAAGAAAUCUUUCCCAAAUUUUGUGAUAUCAAUCCUCGAAGAUGGCAUUACCGAAGACUGUGAUAAAAGUAAACUUUGGGGCGCCUUAGUCUGUGCACCUCAUGUUAGACCGAUGAAGGAUGAGGUCUUGACUGAGGCUGUGUUAGCAAUUUAUCAGACACUUCUUAAGAACUUGGAAGAUAAAAAAGAAAAUGAAUCAUUUCUCCUGUGCCAAUCAUUAGUGAUGUUGCUCUGUCUGAAAGAAUCAGAGGAUUUCUUCGAAAUGGUUUCCUUGGAGGACAUUUUAACAGCGUUAAGAUGUUGGCCAGCAGACGUCCAUGUCUUGAGAGCAGCAGACGCAUUCUUCACCCAUGCCACAAACUGUGAUCAACCCUUCAUGACUGAGGCCACCCUUGUUGAAAUCUUCAAAAUCGUUGAUAGUAAUAUAUCAUCAUGUUAUCACCAGGUGCGGUUGCUGACACUUCGGAUACUGUCUCAGUUUGAUGCGAAGAUGCCCAUUCUAGAAGAUCAGAACAUGGAACAAGUGUGUGUGUUCACCAUCUGUCUGGAAGCAGAGAAGGUGCCUCUCUCUGUGCAGAACUACAGGGAAAAGUUGAUUUAUCUCAGGAAGCUAGAACAUGGAUCUGUACAGAACAAUCUACCAAUGGAGCCUUUAUUUGCUAAGGUUCCUCUGAAGUAUCUUCUAAGUAAUCUCUACGUCAACUUCACGUUACUGUGGGAUCCAGUCGGCAAAUUGAUUGAGUCACAUGCCAGGGUACUUUCAAAGGAGGCAUUCUGGUCGGUCUAUGAAGACCAGCUCAACAUGGCUACUGAUUUAGCAGAAAGAGCAGCUCUUGAAUGUAAACCUGCACCGAACCGUAGUGGAGAUCCUGUGACAGUAGAAAAUCUCGGGGAUCGUUUUGUACAGUGCCAGGAGGAGGUCAAGAAUAGCAAAGAUCGACCAGAUCAUAUGAACUACAGACAACUCUUGUGGAAAACCAUGCAGAACUUCCCUGAUAAAUGUGAACCGAGAUCGAGGAUUCUUUCUCCACUGCUGUUCAGGUUUCUCAACAAUGAAUAUUACCCAGCUGACCAGACAGCUGCUCCCCAUCAAGACAUCAGGAAAACGAAAGAUCAGAUAGCAGACGACAUGGCCAUGGAUAUGACCUUGACCUCUGGGGAAACAACAGAUGAGGACUUGCAAGAGGAUGAAAAGGCAGACGCUGAGGAAGAGAACGUGACUGCUAAAAGAUCGAGAAGGCAGAUUGCGAGGUCAUUCCUUGUUCUUCUGAAACUGUUUUCUAAGUUCAAAGGCCCGAAGUCUCUUCACAUGGAACCAAAACUAAGAGAAUUGUAUCACGAGAUGUUAUGUCAUCGGGAUGGAGAAAUCCAGAAAGUUGCAUUUGACUGCGUUAUGACUUACAACAACAAAUCAAUAGUACCUUACAAGGAGCACUUCGAGAAACUGCUUGAUGACAAACACUUCAAGAAUGAGAUUGUUUUAUUCAACAUCGACAGUGAGGCUAGUGUUGUGCAGCGUGACCACAGGGUAGAAGUUCUACCAGUUCUAAUGAGGUUACUAUUUGGUAAAAUGCUUGGUAAAGCAGGCCGCAACACGGCAGGAAAGGACCAGUCGACCAAACGCAAGAACAUCAUCCUGGCAUUCCUUGGAGGUUGUCAACAGAGCGAACUCCAUCUGUUCAUAGAUCUCAUGUUUGCGCCAUUCAAACAAUUUGUCACUGGAGAUAUCAUUGAAAGAUUGACCGAGCUGACCACAGAUGUUGAUACCAGUUGUGUGAUACCAGUUGGGAAACUACAAGGGAUCAUCCACACCAUGGACAUCAUCUUCAAGAAGCUCGGCAACCUGAUCGAUUCCCAUCUUCCCAACAUGUUACGGAUAACACUCUGUCUGACAGCAAUGUGUCACAAGCUACUUGAGAUGAGAGAUCAGAUCAAGGGACGUGUCAUCAAUGCCUUGAAGACACUUCGGAUGCUCUGUAUGAACCGAGUAACACAAUUCUUCAUAUCGUUUGAGAAUUAUCCUUUCACUACUGUUGAAAUAGAUGCUGUUUUUCUUGCUGCUGUCUGGCCACAGUUAUCAAGGUUACCUGAUGAAAGCAUCAGCCAUCCCACCCCACUUCUGAAACUCCUCUACACCUGGAGCGGCGAAGCAAGAUAUCUUCAACUCCUUGGGAAAUUCCAGAAAGGAAAUGAGGAACUUACACCGUUACCGUACAUCAUUGCAUUGUUGUCGUCUAAAAAUGUUGCCAGAUCGGUUGUGAGCAUGGUGCUGGAAAUCGUUGAACGUCUCAUUACCUUUGAGGAGCCCAUUGAAGCAGAGGAUGAUGCUGUGGUUCCGAUGGAAGUGACUGAUUGUUUUGGGAGUCAAGAGGAUAGUUCCUGUCCUGAGAACUCCAGUCUUGGUGUGCGCCUCAUGUUUCCUCAUGUACCAAAGGUCCUAGAAUACCUGAGUGGUGUAGUGCGUGCACUGACAGGCCAAAGGAGCAAAAAACACAAGAUUCCUGCAAAAGAUCUCAACAUUCUCUCAAAUAUCAGCUUGUAUGUGACAGACCAAGAACAGAGCGCUACUGUUGUUUCCUUGUUGUUGCCAUAUCUUGUUCGGGACUUCAUGCGCUCGGAGAAUGUUGAAGUGGACAUCCUCACAACUGUCGCAAAUCUGAUAAAGAAAUUGGACUCACCUGGUCGAUUUAUUGUGACCAUUUCCAAGCUGUUCUCCACACUGUCAGGCAGAACCUCAAGAAAUACCCUGUGCCAUGUCAUGAAGGCUAUUGCUGAGAAAGAUCCAACUUAUGAAAAGCUAGCUACUACAGUGUCCAAUUUGAGUGCCUGGGAUAAGCGCCGUGUUGAUGAACCAGAUUACAUUCUCAGGUUGGACACCUACGCCGAAAUCAAAACAGCCAUCAAAGAGAUGGAGACCAUUGAUGUGGAGUAUCUCAUCAUGGUCAUGCACAACUGUGCAUUUGUCCUCACAACAACUGAUGACAUGUCCCUCCGAGAUAGUUCAUCCUACUGCAUGCAGGAGAUCAUCGGGAGACUGUCCAGCAUUGAGUUAGAUGACAAAACAUACAAUGCAACUGUCGUGGAAACGCUCCUACCCUUGAUCAAAUCAGGCAUCAAGUCACAAAGUGAGGUGCCGAGACAUGAAUUCAUCAAAGUUCUUGCUAUGGCCGUCAGGGCCUUCCCUCAGCACAGCGCUCUUAAUCAUCUCAGUAAGCUGACAGACACAGACAUUGAGGUGGAUUUCUUUGAGAAUAUAUGUCAUAUACAGACACAUCGUCGAGCUCGUGGCCUGAAAAAAUUCAUCAAGCAUUUAGCAAACCACCCAAUCCCUGCCAACAUCCUUCUCUCCUACGUGAUGCCCAUGGCCUCUGUCUACAUCACAUGUCCGGAAUAUGCCAAGCAGCACAACCUAGUCGACACAGCCAUUGAAGCUAUUGGAUGCAUCUGUAAAUUACUACCGUGGUCAAAAUAUCUGCAACUUCUCAAAUCGUACCUUUACUUGUUGCCAAAGAGUAUUGAAAACCAAAAAACUAUGGUCAAAUUAGUAGUAUCAAUUUUGAAUGCCUUCCACUAUGAUCUGUCUGCCACCCAGGGAGCUGGGGAUGUAUUGAAGCCGCCAGUCAAUGAUGCAGUGAAAAAGACCAAACCAGUCCUUGAAUAUGUUGAGGAAAAACCAGCAGACGACAUUGUUGAAGAUAGUGAUGAGGAAGCAGACGUGAAAGAACCUGGAGCAGACGACACCCAGGAUGACACGUCUGCCGAGACACAAACUGUUGUGGAUGGCAUUGUCAAGUGUUCACGUGAACUUGCCACGCGAAUACACCAGACAGUUGUAAAAAGUAUUGUGCCUGACCUGAGAAAUUGUCUUAUUGAAAAGGCAAAGAGUGAUGAUGAGCACAAGGCAGCCAAGAGUAAAUAUGCUGAAGAUAGUGAGAUCUUACGAGUUCCCAUUGCCCUGGCCAUGGUCAAGUUACUACAGAGGAUGCCAAAGGGGGUGCUCAAUGUGUAUUUACCAAGUGUUCUGUUGAAAGUGUGUGCCUUCCUGCGUUCUCGUGCCAAAGACAUCCGAGACGUAGCGCGUGAUACUCUCAUCAAGAUCAUGUCGUCGCUAGGGAACAAAUACUUCAAUUACAUCCUGAAGGAGCUCAGGGCGGCCCUCAGGAGAGGCUAUCAGCUUCAUGUCCUUGGCUACACGGUUCACGCUCUCCUGAAGAACAUGGAGCCACAACUCAAGGCCGGAGAUCUUGAUUCCUCCCUGGAGAAUCUCACUGAGAUCUUCAAUGAGGAGUUAUUCGGUGCAGUCAGUGCUGAGAAGGAGGUGGAUGGCAUUGUUGGGAAGCUGAUGGAAGCGAAGAGUAUUAAAAGUUUUGACUCGUAUGAAAUGGUUUCUAGAUUUGUUGGGAAAGCAUCAAUCACGAAGAUUAUACUUCCAUUGAAAGAGAUCCUAGAGACCAACCAGAAUCACAAGGUGACUAAGAAAGUGGAGACGUUACUGCAUAGGAUCACCCUGGGUCUUAUGGAGAAUAAGGACCUGCCAGUGGAGACGCAGAUGGUCUUUGUCCAUGGACUUGUCAAUGAGACCAUGCCUCUUGUAACCUCAAGUGAAAAGGCAAAGAAAGAAGCUCCCAAGCCACAGGACACCCGUCUGCAGCCACAGAGUACAUACCUCAUUCCCAAAGCCCCUCCAAGAGGUGGUGUGAAAGCUACCAAUACACUUAAAACCAACUUACAUGUACUCGUGGAAUUUGGUUUACAGUUGCUGCAUUACCUCCUGAAACGAUCCAGCCUAGUGCCGUCAAAGAUCGAACAUCUCCAGAUGCUUGACCCGUUCAUCACAAUAAUGACAGAGUGCAUCAAAUCAAAACAUGUCAAGAUUGCCACCCUAGCUUUGCGAUGUCUGUCUUGGGUGUUCAAGUUUGAGCUUCCGUCAUUGAAGGAGAAUAUCACAAAGAUUGCCUCGAGUUUGUUCGUCUUGUUGAAGAAUUAUGCUGUGGCUGGUGGAGCCAAGGGAGAAAACUUCGACCUUGUUGUAGUUUGCUUCAAGGCUGUGACUGUCCUUGUUCGAGAUGUUAAGUACCACGUCAUCAACACCGAGCAGCUGCAGAUCCUGCUGGGAUAUGCUGAGGAAGAUAUCCAUGAUUACACCAGGCAGGCAACCGCCUUCUCCCUUCUCCAGGCCAUCCUAUCUCGCAAGCUACACAUACCAGAAAUGGUGGACGUCAUGACGAAAAUAUCAAAACUAUCCAUCACGUCUGAUUCUCCGCAUGUCAGACGCCAGUGUCGCCAAGUCCUCAUGCAGUUUCUCGUUAAUUACCCGCUCGGAACCAAGCUGAAGCGCCACCUGGAAUUCUUCGUGAUGCAGCUGAAUUAUGAACUAGAAUCUGGACGGGAUUCAGUCCUUGAGCUGCUGGCAACAAUCUUCACAAGCUUUCCAGUCCAGAUUGUCGAUGAAUAUGCUGGGAUGUUCUUCGUGCCCCUGGCUUCGAGGUUGAUCAACGAUGAAUCAUCAGAAUGUCGGAAAAAGGCUGCAUUAGUUAUCAAAACAUUACUGGCGAAGGUUGAUAAUGCACGUAGAGAUGAACUCUUCACAGUUACAUUGAGUUGGUGCGGCGAUCAAAAGGGCGUCCAUCGUCAACUGGGCCUGCAGCUGAUUGGUCUGUUUGUGGAGGUAGAGAGCACCAAGUUUGACGGCCGCCUGCAGAAUGCAAUACCAUUAGUUGUGGAUAAUAUGGAACCAAGCAAAUACACUUCGUGCUCUGAUGACGUUGACGUGAGAAACAGUGACCAUCUGCUAUUCAUAACACUCUCCACUCUCAUCAAGAUAUUCAAGGAGUGUGGUGUUGUGAGGGAUUCAAAGUGGACAGAACAUGUUAACAAAAUAUGGGAUUAUACCAUUGAGCUCCUCCUCUACCCUUACACCUGGGUAAGACUUGCAUCUGCUCAGUUACUGGGCUUGAUGUUCGGUGCGUGGAAACCUGAAGAACUCACAUCUGCUGAUGAGACUACAACACCAAAGGCAAAGAAGAAGAAAGUCGUUUCAGAGUAUUUGAAAGUCGAUACAAGAAAUAAGUUGAGGACAAUUGCUGCUCAGUGUAUCUCUCAGUUCCAGUCUCAAGUGGACCAGGAUCUAGCAGAGCAGAUCAUCAAAAAUUUGGUAUUUCUGUCCAAGGCGAUCCGAGUUAUCACAUCCCAAGAGCCACCUAGUGAUGAAACAGAGCUCACCACUCUACAUUUACAGUGGCUGACCAAGAAAAUGACAAGAGAGGCCAAAUUUGAAGCUACGACAAAUCCGAAAGUAACAUUAAAGAGAAGCAGUGUGUUCAAGUGGAUGGCUGCCGUAUCUGUGGACCUCGGAUCAGACCACCUCCCUGAGUUUCUGCCUUUCAUGCUUCCACCGCUGUUCAGGGAGACGACCGACUCCUCGUCAGCUGCUGAUGAAAGUUUAAAAGUCCUCGGCAAUGAAGUGAUAGAGAUGAUGAAGGGAAUAGUCGGCGUGGAGACGUUCACGAAGAAUUACGCUGGAGUUCAGCAGGAUGUAUUCACCAAGAGAGAAGAAAGGAAGAGGCAGAAAGCGGUGAAUGUUGUGUCGAACCCAGAGGCAGCCGCUCGCAAGAAAAUGAAGAAACAUCUUGCCAAACGUGAUGCAAAGAAACGAAAGAUUGCCGAAUUCAGACCAGCCAAGAAGGCAAAGAAGUUGAAGCUACAGAACAUUGCGAUGUUGGAGGAGAGUUAGCAGAGACAUUUAUAACUUCAGGACUUCACUGGUGUGUUUUUAAGGAUAUUUCAAUAACAAAUGAAUGACCAUCAUGGAAAGACAUUAGGAUUUUUCUAGGAUAUUGACAUUUCAUUUCAAAAUUUGCUUGUGUUGUAAUGGAAAUAGAGUACUAGUAGGCCCUAGUUGCUGAAAGAAUUUACAAACUAUUCAGGAGAUGCAGCCCCCCUUAAUUGCCCAUACAUUGGGCUUGCAAAGUAUCAGGACUCCCGUUUCUAUAUCUGCUCAUGGUAUAAUCUCCCAAUAGCUUGUUCCUCAGACAAUUUGAUUUGCAAAUUCAUCUGAAUAUAAGGACAUCUCAAUGUUGUCACUGCAUUACAUUCUUUGGUUGCCGUGUUUGAGGGCAAAGCAGAUAAUCAUGUAUGUUAGUUGAAUUAAUCUCGUAUGAGAUAAGACUUACAAGCAAUAUUCUUUGGGGGGGGGGUUCUAUUUCAUAAGAUGUUGCUUACAACUGACUGUAAGAAUUAGAAUAAAAA